AGGGGCUCAGGUGACCGAGGUGCCCAGCCGUGAUUGGGCGGAGGGAGAGGGGGCGGGUCCCGCGGCAAGGCAGUGCGGCCCAGGCCGGGGAGGCGGCAGCGGCGCCGCCGCCAUGUCCCGCUGGCCGGGCCCGGCCGGGGCUCGCCGCCCCUCCGGUGCUGAGGCCGCGCUGUCCCCCGCGGCCCUCGACCUGAACGCGGAACGGGAGAAGAUCCGGCGGGAGAUCGAGGAGCUGGAGCGGAGCCUGGAGCCCGGCGGGGCCGGCAUCGAGGUGGCCGUGUCCGAUUCCAGCCUCAGCUCCGGCACGGAUGAUGGUGAAGAUGAUGACUCAGAUUCUCAUCCUGAAAUGGAAAUGGAAAGAGAAGAUGACAGUAGCGAUGAUGAUAUUGAAAGUAGUCUGCCACAGGAUCCAGAAACAUGUCUCCAGAUGAACCAUGUGUACCAGGAAGUUAUCCAGGAAAAGAUUGAGGAAGUCGAGCUUCUCAUUGCACAAAACAAAGAACAGCAGAAGGAAAUCAUGUGCGAGCUUGGUGGUCCAAAAAUAGCAAAGGCAGGAGAUGGUAGAAAUCUACCAGCGAAUGUAUUUUUGGGUCAUUUUAUGAAGCCAUACUUUAAGGAUAAAACAACAGGAAUUGGCCCGCCUUCCAAUGAAGAUGCCAAGGAAAAAGCAGCUCAGGGCAUAAAAUCCUUUGAACAGCUGCUGUCAACAAAGUGGAAAAGCAGAGAGAAGACUUUAUUGCAGAAAUCGGUAGUAAGUGACCGCUUGCAGCGCCUGCUUCAGCCAAAGUUACUGAAGAUGAGUUAUUGGAAUCAGAAACUGGAGAAAGUCAAGACUGAAAUGGAGAAACAGAUCUUGGAAAAGCAAAUCAAAGAAGUGGAGCGAGAAAUAGAGGCAAUUAACCAACUCCCAGAAAGUGACUUGUUGGGAAACAGAUUCGAUGAGCAUGACUGGGAGAAAAUUUCAAACAUCCAUUUUGAUGGACAACGUAGCUCAGAAGAACUGAGGAAGUUUUGGCAAAAUUGGGAGCAUCCAAGCAUCAACAAAAAGGAAUGGACUGAGGAGGAAAUAGAGAGGCUAAAGAAGAUAGCUGCUAAACAUGGUUAUCUGGACUGGCAGGCUAUAGCCCAGGAGUUGGGGACAAACAGGACACCUUUCCAGUGCUUGCAGAAGUAUCAAGUCUAUAACAAAGAUUUGAAAAGGAAAGAAUGGACCAAAGCUGAAGAUCAGAUGCUUUUAGAGCUUGUUCAGGAGAUGAGAGUAGGAAGUCAUAUCCCAUACAAGAAAAUUGCUUAUUACAUGGAAGGAAGAGAUUCUGCUCAGCUGAUUUACCGAUGGACAAAGAGCGUGGACCCCAGUUUGAAGAAAGGACCCUGGACACCAGAGGAAGAUGCUAUGCUGUUGGCUGCAGUUAAGAAGUAUGGAGAGCGUGACUGGUAUAAAAUUCGGACAGAAGUGCCAGGGAGGAGCGAUGCUCAGUGCAGAGAUCGGUACUUAAAAGCAUUGCACUGUGAUGUAAAGAAAGGCAAGUGGAGUUUAAAGGAAGAGGAGCAGCUAAUUGAACUGGUUCAAAAGCAUGGCCUGGGUCACUGGAGUAAAAUAGCUUCUGAAUUGCCACAUCGAACUGGCUCCCAAUGUCUAAGCAAGUGGAAACUCAUGAUUGGGUCCAAGAAAAGAUCUAGGCCAACAAAACGCCGACACGUGCAAGAGAGUUCCAGCUCUUCAGAGAGUAGCAGUGAAGACAUGGAACUGGACUUAGCAGACAGUUCAGAGGAGGAGACGACAAGCAAGGAGGAGUGUGCAUUUCCCAGCAUUGAUUUGUGGAUACCAACACGGACGAAUACACAGGAGUCAAACAAAGGAAGAUACCAAACUCCAUCCCUUUUCUGUCCUGUGAGUGCUGAUGCAAAGACCGGUAGCAGUGAAGUUCCAAGUGCAACGUGUGAUGGAGCCGAGGACAGAGUUGCUGAUAAAUCAGAGUUGAACACCCUCCUAAGGGGCAUUGCACGUCCACAUUCAACAGACAUCAUUGUGAAGAAUCCAGCAGAAGUAAUGAACAAGGCUUCCAGAUGUGGAAAGCAAGUGCUACGGGUUACCCUGGAGAAUGUGAGAAGAGUAUUAAGAAAUAACACAUGCUUUCAGAGGAAACUUCAAUCAAAGAUACUAAAACCUUCUGCCGCUGUUUUAACAAAAACAUCUGGAGUUAGUACAUCUGUUGGGCAGAAGCUUCAGGGGCUGCAGAACAUCACGGAGAAAAGUUACCGUCAAGAGAGAGAGCGUUUGAGAAGAAUGAACCUUGACAGAAAGCUUCUAAUGGCAGUAACGCCCUGGGUGGGCAAUGUGCUACUGCCUUGCACCUUGCAAACUGGGAGGAUGGCUUUUUAUCAGACAAAAGCUGAUUCUAUUCAAGAGAAGAUUAAGUCGGUCAGUCUCGUGAGCACUCCCCUGUUCACGCUUUUCAUUCAGCUCUUUCAGAUUGAUACCAAUGGCUGUAUGAAGAUUAUACGCGAGAGAAGGCUAAGGCAGUCAGAGCUUCUUAGAGCUAAUGCAAGAAGGCCUCAGCAGGCUUCCCAAAAUAUGGAGACUUCUUCAGGCAAUUCAUCACAAUCUUGUACUCAGAGGAACUCCCGAAGGGGCAUACCAAGGAAUGCUGUCAAGAGACCUGUUGCCUUAAAAGCAAGGGACACUUCUGCUGCUGUCUUUGAGAGCAGCGCUCCCGCCAUGCAGGGAGGUCUUCCAGCCCAAGUGCAAAGGCAGAAGCCUAAAACUGUCUCAGAAUUACUGAGAGAGAAGCGGCUAAGAGAAUCCCGGGCUAAGAAAGCUAUGCAGAGGACAGUAUUUGUUACCCCACAGAUGGUGGUUUCAGGGCCUCUGAUAAUCCAGCACACACCACAGCAAAUCAUUCCUUCUGCACAAGCAGGGAGCAAACCUGCAGCAAUUAGUUGUACAAAUAGCCAAGUACAGUGUGCACCAGCUCCAUUGCCAGCAUUUAGUUCUGUUCCAGGUUCAACUUCUACCACUAUUGUGCUUGAAAAUCAUUCUUCAUCAGUGCCAGGAACUGGGGAAAGCCCCGUUUCCUCACAAGGGACGGAACUACAAUCCAAUAAGGAACUAAAAGAGCAAGCUUUGGAAAGUAGCCUUGAAGGAGGGGUUUUUCCAGGCAUGAAUCCAGCUGCAGCAGAGAAAGCCCCAAAUCAGGGAGGGUGCAAUGGUCAGGUCCUAGCUGGUAGCUCAGCUUCAGUAGUGUUGCAAAACCAAGCUUUUGUGCCACAUCAGAUUACAGUGGUGCCUGUUGGCAUUGAGUCUGGCACCAACAAAUUGUCUCUUUCCACACCAGUUACCUGUGAGCUAAAUAGUAAUGGGCCACAACAGACGCCAGUCAAUCUAUUGCCUGCUCUUGUAACUCCACAGACUGGUUCGCAUUUGAUUCCCAACAGCAUACUGCCUUUCACGUGGGUCGUAACGCCACAGGCUUUGCUCCCCGCUGCUGUACAAACUGUGGUGGGUGUUCCCCAAGGACUGCCAGCUGCUGCUGUGAGAAGUCAAUGUCAGACAACUGUGACUUCCAAUGGCAAUGUCUCUACCUUAGGAGUGCCUCCUGUACCAGCUGGAGCAAAUACGCCUCACCCCAGCAGUGCAGAGACAAAAGCACCAAGUGCCCAGUUAGCAGAAGGAGUACCUUUGGGAAAGACAGCUAACCAUUCCACAAUUCUUUUACCUAUGACCUCAGCGAGUCCUGGAUGCACCACAUCCAGCGUUUCUUCUGCAGCACCUGCAUGUUCAGAUGGCUUCUCCAAGGCUUCUGACUCCUCUGCAGCUCAGACUGUUCUUCCAUCGGAUGCACCAACCCUGCAUGCUGUGCUGCUGGCCCAAACACAGCUACCUGCAAGCACUCAGGGGUCUGAUUCCCAAUGCAUGUCGAGUCUCAGUAGCUUGGGAAAGAGCCAUGACUCUAUUACAACAAACGGAUCAUCUUCCAAUCCAAGCAUCAUCACAAAAGGGAUUGUGCUACAGCCAGGAGAUCCAGUUCCCCAUAACAAUGUCCCAAGGAACUCUGAUUGCUUUGCUGCACAAGCAUCGAAAAAUAGACCUAUUGCCUCCAAACCUCCGACUAUGCAGCCCGCUGACAGUCCACCCCAGCCAACUACUUCCAGUGCAGAAAAGAAUCUACUUGACUUUAGCCUGAUUUCCCUUGAAGAUGAGGGGCUAGUGAAGGAGUGGCUGAAUGGGAAACAAGGUGUCCAGGUGCCAUCAUUGCAAACCAGGUUGCCUUAUUUGCCACCUUUUCUGUGCAACUUGAAAACCCUGUCAAAGCUACUUCUGCAGAAAGCAGCUCUAGAAGAGCAAGCGGCAUGUCUUCUGCCUUCUGAUGCCGGUCAGGAUGAGGGCACUGGGGUUGAUUUGCAUGCUAUCAAAGAACUGGUGCAGCAGAAACUCGGCGAUAACCCUGCUUACCUCCUACUGAAAGCCAGAUUCCUAGCAGCCUUUACACUCCCGGCUGUACUAGCAACUCUGCCUCCUCCAAAAGUGACAACAACUCUGUCAGCCAGCAGGAAGCAAUAUGAAGAGAGUGACGAAGAGGAGUGGCAGAGUGAGAAGGAAGUGUCUGAGGAAGAGAGUUGUGAGAAUGAAUUAACAGGUGUACGGUUGGAUUGGACAGUUGGUGAUGAGCCUGGAGAUAAAGAUGCUGAUUUACUAAAUCAGGGCAUGGGAGCUGAAGAGAAUGCUGCACAGUCUGUUUUGGACUCCUGCACUGAUGUGGCUGAUGCCAGUGCUCCUCAAAUCAGGAGAAGUGCCCGCUUCAGGAAAAGGAGGAGGAUGUGAGAAGGAAAUGUGAGUCACUUGACUGUGGGUCUGCCUUCCUGCAUGGCAGUAGGAGAUACUCUUUGCACUAUUCACUUUUAACAUUUCCAACAAACUGACUAGAUGGACCUGGGGGAGAGGAAAAUGGCUGGACUGGUUUUCCCAUCACCUAAUAAAGUCUGCAUCUUUAGACAAGUUGCAAAAAAUGAAACAAAAUGGCUGGAGGGAAGUCUUUCAGGCGUAGACCAAUUCUGUUCUCUUUCAGACUAGCACCUGCCAUAGAUGCUGGGGGUCAGGGGAGAUUGCUGGAGAUCUGGGGAAACCAGCAAUGAUGGUUAUUUAUUUCCUUUUUGUGGUAGCCCCUAUUUAUGUGAAUGUUUAUCCAUGUUCAGAAUAUGUUGUUCAUUGGGUGUUUUUUCUUUUUAGUGCUGUGACAGUGGUUUUGCUUGAUAGCUAACUGACUGACUACUGCUGAGUAAGCAGCAGAUUAAUUUUGUAUCAAAAUGAGUCUUGAGUAUUUGUUGAAAUACAGAUGUUUUAUUUUUCUCACUUAAAAAUUA